AUGGCGAAGCGGAUGGAUAUAAGCUGCGCACUGAUUGCAAUACUCAUGUGCAGCAUAUUGGGUCACUGCGAGAUGUCCGUUUACCCAGGUCUGCGCCGGCGGCCUAUACAGCCCUCGGCCAUGGAGCCGCAGCGUUAUGAGCAGCUCAUGGAGGAUCACGCUAGACGUCGACUGCAGCAGCAGUUCGAGCAGCAGCUGGAGCUGAUUAAUCAGCAGCUGUUGCGUCAGCGGCAAUUGCUUAAGAACGAACAGUAUCGUCGGCAGCAGGAGGAGGCCAAGGUGUUGGCUGAGAUGAAGAACGAUUACGACAGCAACAACAACAACUUGAAUAAUCAAUAUGACCAAUACGACAACGUGGAAGGGGAUGCGGCAUAUGGCAGUCCGCUGGAUACGGUGCCAGAUGUGAUGCGACCGCCAAUGCCCAAUUUCGAUAGCCUGGAUAAUAACUACAACCGGAUUAUUCCGAGUCAGUCGCGUGGCCGCAUCGCCUUUGCCGUGGGUCCCAAUGAUGCGCGCUUCUUUGAUACGGCCAACGAUUUGUCGGGUGAGCUCGACUCGCGUGCCCUGGACGACUAUGAGGAGUAUGCACCGGCACCGGACGCUGGCUCCGAGGUGGUGACCGCCAAAAGCAAGCCCCAAUCACCUGUGCAGUCCUCGCCGAAGCAGGAGCCACCCAAGCUCCUAGACACGGCCAUCGCUAACUUCCAUCGCAUUAAGCCGCAGUCGGCAGCUGCUGCCGCAGUGGCCGGCGUCAAUCUGCCCCAGACCAAGGAGUCACCCAAUGAGAUAAACGCACUGAUUGAUAAGCUGCAAAAGCAAAGCAAGUCCCCGCAGUCGGCCUAUGCAGUCAACACAGGCGAUGCCAACGAGCAGCUCGUCCUGCGUCAGCAUCUGGGCAUGAAUAGUGAGAUGGGCGUCUACCUUGUGGCCCUCAUUGCGGGUGUCAGUGCGGCGGUAACUGUGGGACUUCUGGCACUGGGCGUUACUUGGUUCCAUAAUCGUAGCAAAGCCGCUGCAGACGUCGAUUAUCCAGCCUAUGGUGUAACCGGACCCAACAAGGAUGUCUCACCGUCGUGCGAUCGCAAGCUGGCGCAGAGCGCUCAAAUGUAUCACUAUCAGCACCAGAAGCAACAGAUCAUAGCCAUGGAGAAUUGUCAGGCGACCGACGGCAGCUGCGGCCUGUCCGACGUGGAGAGCGACGACGACAACGAGGAGGGCGACUAUACCGUCUAUGAAUGUCCCGGCCUGGCGCCAACUGGUGAAAUGGAGGUCAAGAAUCCGCUCUUCCUGGACGAGACGCCGGCCACACCAGCUGCAAGUGUCAAUGCUAAUGCUAACACCAAUGCUAGCAACGCAGCUCCCAACAACAACAACAUUACGCAAGCCACGCCCCAACAGCCAGCCACACAGAAGAAGGGAACGGUUAAGCCGAAUAUGAAUCUGUUGAAUGCUGCGGCCAAUGCAGCUGCCGCUGCUGCUGCCAAAGCCUCUGCCAGCGACGAGAAGAAGGAGAAGCGCAAGAGCAAGAAGUAAAUUGUGUGCGAAAGGGACAAGAAACAGUCCGCUUCCCUUUAUAACUCCCUCUCUCUCUCUAUCUCUCUUGGCCUGGCUUGGUUAAGUAGAACUGAUCCAUUUUGUCAGCCAACAGUUACACAUGAGACACACCCACACCCACACCCACACAUAUAUACACUGGUACGCGUAUGUACAUAACACACACUCACACAAACACAUACACAGAUACGCGCGCGUUUGUAUAGAUUAUGUAUUCCUAAAGAAAGUCGCUGGAAUUAAAUUCCUCGAGUCAACAACUAGCUUGAACAGCACAAAGAAAUCUCUCUCAACUUCCUUGCCCCCACUUUUGAGUGUAAGUCCUGAACUUAUUAUGUAUAUGCAUUAUGUAUCGUUAUCGUAUCGUAUCAUAAUCGUGUAUUGCUAUGGUGUAAGACAUGCAUAUAAUGUGAGCCCCCUGACCGCCCCCUGACCGCCGCCCCACUCCCUCCGUCCUUGAUAUGCCCCUUUUUUGCAAUUGUUACCUGCUGUGUGCUCCGAAGUCGAGUCGAGUCGAGUCGAGUUGAGUUCAGUUGAGUCGAACCGACCGAGUCGAGCUAUUGCGCAGCAUUACCUGCUGUGCGGCUGUCAAUCAAAAGCAGAAUAUAUUGCACAAAUAAUAACACAUUCAUAAUGAAAUGACAAGCCUUCCUCUCCCCACACCCCCGCUCCUUGUGCAUCAUAUGCUACUGAUUCAAUUUAAAUACAAUCCAAACAAUGUGUACUUAUUUAUAUUGUAUUGUAUUUUAACAUUUUAUUGUACUUUAUAUCAACACACUAACAAGAAUCAAUUUUUGAGUAAAAACAAACUAUUUUAAAGUCUGCGUAUUGGCAUUGGAACAAGAAAAAAACAAAAACAAAACACAUAUAAAAUUAAA